GUCGGUUAUCUAGUGGUUGCUAGGCAGGAAAAAAAAGAAAUCUGCUCGAUACUCGGCACGAUCGUUUGGCUUCUGGGCUCCUACCGGCACACGUCCCUGUUCUCCAAUCCAUCCACCUUAUCGGUUCCUUGCUUCUUCAAACAACAACCACCACCACCGCUUUAGCUUCUACCAUCGCCUCCUCCUCCUCCACUACCUUCACCUCCACAACCACUAACAUCACCACCACCACCACCACCACCACCACCAUCGGUCUUCGUCCCGCCCUACGCAUCGACUUUCAUCAACCUUCAACUCAACGGUAGCAACAAGUGGUCAGCGGGCUGUCAUCAUGUCGCAGAGUAGACCUGCACAGUUCUCGGGACUGCGGAUGGGGGAGGUCAUCCGUGAAAAGGUACAGGAUGGUGCGACGGGAGAGACGCGAGAGAUUACGUACACUCAAUGCAAGAUCGUCGGGAACGGUUCCUUCGGUGUUGUCUUCCAGACCAAGCUUUCUCCAUCCGGCGAGGAUGCCGCCAUCAAGCGAGUGCUGCAGGACAAGCGAUUCAAGAACCGUGAGCUACAGAUCAUGCGUAUCGUGCGGCACCCGAACAUUGUGGAGCUUAAGGCCUUCUACUACUCGAAUGGCGAGCGGAAAGACGAAGUCUACCUGAACCUCGUCUUGGAAUUCGUCCCCGAAACGGUCUACAGGGCUUCAAGGUUCUUCCACAAGAUGAAGACCACCAUGCCCAUACUAGAAGUGAAGCUCUACAUUUACCAGCUGUUCCGAUCACUGGCAUACAUCCAUUCGCAAGGGAUCUGCCAUCGGGACAUCAAGCCUCAGAACCUCCUGCUCGACCCCUCUACCGGUGUGUUGAAGCUCUGCGACUUCGGGAGUGCAAAGAUCUUGGUCGAGAACGAGCCCAAUGUGUCGUACAUCUGCUCGCGCUACUACCGUGCCCCCGAGUUGAUCUUUGGCGCAACUAAUUACACGCCCAAGAUCGAUGUCUGGUCAACCGGUUGUGUGAUGGCGGAACUGAUGCUCGGCCAGCCGCUCUUCCCCGGAGAAUCCGGAAUCGAUCAACUCGUUGAGAUCAUCAAGGUUCUGGGCACGCCGACACGGGAGCAGAUCCGAACCAUGAACCCGAACUACAUGGAGCACAAGUUCCCUCAGAUCAAACCGCACCCCUUCAACAAGGUCUUCCGUAAGGCGUCGCCGGAUGCGAUUGACUUGAUUUCUCGGUUGCUUGAAUACACGCCCACCAACCGUCUUUCCGCGAUCGAGGCGCUGACGCACCCGUUCUUCGACGACCUACGCGAUCCGAACACCAAGCUCCCCGACUCUCGUGGUCUCCACCCUGGUGUUCUUCGGGAUCUGCCACCCCUCUUUAACUUCAACAAACAUGAGCUUUCUAUCAUGCCCGAGCUGAACGAUAGGCUGGUACCGGUUCAUGCUCGUCAGGCGUUAAGCGAGUCGGGGAUAGACUUGAAUAAUUUCACGCCAAUGUCGAAGGACGACAUGAUGGCGAAGCUAGACUGAGCCGCCGUGGUUCUCCUGGUUUUAUCGGUCUCCUUUGGAAGUUUUUCCGUUCAUUGAAAUGCUUUUUUUGUUUCCCUUUACUUCUCGUGGCAAAUUCCGUUUGUUUGUUUUUCUCGCUACACC